CCUGCUGGUUGUUUGUGGCGGGUCUUGUAGGCAUGCCUCCAUAGCAGGAUUGCUCAAACAGAGCCACAGAUGCUCCCAGUAGCUGCUUUGGCAACUUCGAAUCAAUUCGAUUGGGGAUGAUACUAAGCUGCUGCAACAUAUUGCCGUGCAACCACUUGCACCUUUAGAGCUUGAUCUCAGUCUGAUACCAUCGCCGGAUCCACUGUCAUGGAAUCUGAAAAACAGUCUGUUGAGUGUGCUUGCUACUCAGAAAAGUUCAAGUUCAUAAAACCAAAUGAGGAUAAUACUGUUCUCAGUGCUUUGUCAUUCAGCACUUCCAAAGUUAGACUGCUUCGGAGCUUGACAAUUGAGCAGAAAAACUCAGCUCAGGUUCUUGACUUUGCUGCCUUCUCAGAACCUGAAUACGACCUUCCUAUAUUUUGUGCAAAUGCCUUUUCAUCCCCUGCACGUAGUAUCGUUGUCUUGGACCUCAAUCCUUUGUAUGAUACCACUGAACACAAGGAUUACAGGGAAAAAUAUUACAGGAACUUGAUGCCUCUUAUACACAAGUACAGUGAGCUUCUGCCAUGGGGUGGCAAAAUUACAAGCGAGUCUCUGAGAUUCUUCUCGCCCAUUGUUAUCUGGACGAUAUUUGAGCCAACUGAAGCCAACCUCCAAGCUCUAUACUCCGCCUUCAUGGAUUACUAUAAGGUCUGGCUUGAGUUAAUGGAUGGAGCAGUUCGAGAAACCAACGAAGAAAAAAUCGAUCGUAAUAGGGAAGCGCAACAUAAGUAUCUCACAUGGAGAGCAGAGAAGGAUCCUGGUUACUCUCUGCUAAAGAAGUUGAUUGGUGAGAGCGGCGCCAAGGAUCUGGUGAGGGAGUUCCUCUUCGAAGGAGUCAGCUCGCUCGGAACCAAGUCGUUUCUGGAUUAUUUCCCCGAGUACGCGCAAGAGGACGGGACGGUGAACAGGAAGCGGAGCAUGGCCGGCAAGUCCUUUGGAACUCGGCCUUGGGACGUUCACGGACGGUUCGUCGGCGGCGACGCAAGCUGUUGAUUCUCGGAACUCGGCCGUUGUUUCUAGUGGAUUUGCUUCAGCAAAGAACUGGACGUUGUUUGUGUUUGGCUCUGGUUUCAGAUCAUCCCCAAGCUUUUCUUUCCCCCGUUGCAUUACAUGCCAGGCCAGGCCAGCUGCUACUUGUGUUUGUAUUUUUGUGUAAUAGCAGUAGUAGGGCACCUGUACUUCCUA